AUGAGGCUGAGUAAGACUGGAAGCUCCCUUUUCGCAGCAAUAGUCUUCGUUGAAUUCAUUGCCCUAAUCGUCUACAACAUAUAUUAUUCAGAUAUGUGGAUUCAAAACCGAGGACAAAAUUUCAAAGUAAAUUCGAUGCAGCAAUUUACAGCGUCAUUGCAAAUGAAGGGGAAUGAGACAUUCGCGUUCGGAGAAAAUUCCUCCGAACUCACGCUGUUGAAGAACAUUCGCUCUCAAUGUUCUCAGCUGACGUUUUCGUUUGUGUCGCCUGUAAUACAACCACGUUUCGAGGAAAAAGACUUGACGAGUAUAUUUCUUCUUGUAUUAACUGUAUCUGGAGCUGGUGAAUUGAAUCGUGAAAGAAGGAACGUGAUACGUAAAACAUGGGCUAACAAAACUAGACAUCACGCCUCGAGACUGUGGAAACACAUCUUUGUCUUGGGUAAAACACACGACUCUGAACUGGACAAGGAAAUCAUGCAAGAAUCAUCAGCAUUCAAUGAUGUGCUUGUUCUUGAUGUCGCUGAAAAUUAUGACAAUUUGGUAAUAAAGACCUUCUCAGGGCUAUUAUGGGGUUUGGUUCAUAUAAAUCCUAGAUUACUUUUGAAAACAGACGACGAUGUCUAUAUCCGAAUUCCAUAUCUUAUGACGUGGUUAGAGCUGUAUGCAACUGAACUAUUUUAUGGAGGUUUUUCAAUAGGAGACGCGCAAGUUAGACGCUCCGCUAGUCAAAAGAAUUACGUUACAAAAGACUGCCUGGAUAUAGAAUAUUACCCACCAUAUUGCUCAGAUCCGUUUUAUGUCGUUUCCGCGAGCGCUUUGCGCUCAAUUUUCCAAAGUAUGAAGAAGUGGAAGGCGAUCCUAGCAGAGGAUGCGUAUAUGGGAAUACUCGCCCACGAAAGUGGCUUACCCGCAGUGGAUAUACCUGGAUUUAAUCCGUUUCGAAGUCUUCAAGACUACGGCAAAUGCCAUUGGUCAUCAGCAGUGGCUUUAGGGCAUAGUUUCGAUUUCUUGGAAUUCUCUUACGUGGAAAAUAAGUUACAAGAAUACAGUGAUCUUCCAAGGUACUAUUACCAAUGUCUAAUGACAGACUGGGCGGCCUUUAUAUUUCUCUUUUUUAUUCCGAGUUUUGUCUUGGUUAUUUUUUUAACCGUCGUUAAAGUUAGAACGCGGCGGCUGUUUUAG